AUGGCUAGAAAUACAGUAGAUUGUCUGACAACAAGGUCUUAGAGUAGAUUAAGUGAAAUACUUAAAAGAAACACUUCUCCAAAUGAAUCCAAUUUGCGAAGUUCUUUUAGCAGAGCAUAAAAGAGAGGAGAAGGAUAGAUAAAUACUGAAAGAGCAAUGGCAACAUAUUAAAAUAUAUAAUUCACUAUAGAUAAAAAAGUAAAUGCAAGUCUAAAUUCUAAUAAUGUAGUUUUCGAUUAAGAUUCUCAGGAUAAAUCUAUUCUUAAAAAUAUUAUUAAGAGACGAAAGAAGCUCCUUAGUCAAAUUUUUAGCAGCAAAAAUAUAAAUAAGAAUUUGGAAUCAAUUGACUUUACUAGAUCCACGAAGAAAGGACUCUGUAGUGGAAACAGAAAAAAUGAUAUCUCUGGGAUUUCUUAGUCAACAGUAAGACUAUCAAAGUCACCUAGACUAUCCUAACAGAUUUAAAUGGGCUCUUCAAGGAAAAAAAGCCUAAAAAAAGUAUAUUAUAAAAAUGUUGUUUCACCAGGUUUAAUUGGCAUGAAACCCCAAAAAUAGAAAUAAAUGAAAUCAGGAGAUAUUGAAAUCGAUGUUUCUGAAAUAAUUUAGGAGGAAUUAUAAGAACAACAAACAGAGAAUAAUCUAAGAUUACAGGAGUAGUUUUAAAAUUUUACACAGAAGAUGAAACUCUAUGAUUAGCUAUCAUUCCAUGCAAGAAGCAAAAGCUUAUCCUCGAUAUAGUAAAAGCAUUUCAUCAGUUCUAAAAUGGCAUCAACAAGGGAUGAACUUGAUUUCAGUUUUUAAGAGAGCAAAAAUACCAAUAACCCAACUUUGGCUAAUGAGUAAGCACAAAUUGAGCCAAUAAAACCAAAGUUCAUAAAAAAAAGAAGAGCAAAGAAAUCAAAAAUGGAUAGAUUGAGAUUAUUACUAUCCUAAGUAGAUCCCAGUGACAAAGAUUUAGGUGAUUCAGUCAGGAAAAAGAUAUUAGGAAUGGAUGAUGCUAGAGAAAAACGAGUAUAAAAAAUGAUAUGUGGCAAGACAAAGAUUAAUAAAUUUGAACUCAUUGAUGAUUUAAGUUAUUGCUGA